AAGAUGAAGCUUCGCGACAGCAGCGCUGCGUCUGUGGGACUUCUUUCGUGGCGCGGACUCUACCUACUUGUUGGAUCUUGUUUUGACAGAUAUUGACUUGUUUUGAAUUAGACUUGCGCAAAACAUCACUUCCCAAUGUAAUGUGAUAUGACAUCACUUUUACAGACAGGUGAUAUUACUCGAAAACAUUACACAUCACUCUUAACAUUACUCGGUAAUGAUUCGGGUGUGUCAUUAUUAUAUUACUUGACAGAGAUUGACUUACUUAAUAAUAUAAUAAUUUUAUUUUUUACUUAAUAUAAUUUAUUGUGGGAUGAACGGAUUUCAUAUGGCGACUUAGACUGCAAAUUGAGCUCCACAAUAAUGUUAAUAUACGAGAGCAGUAGAUGCAUUGUUUCGGCGCGAUAUCCUCAAAGUGCAUCCAAGGAGGACUGUACUUUCAUUUAGACGCCGUUAUUUCUUUCACUUAUUAAACACGCAUUAAAACAAAUAAUAAAACUAUCUUCAAACAAGUGCUUAAGUAAUUCAAAUCAAACACAAAAAUUAAUAUGAAAUAUUACUAAACAAUUACGAGCGACUAGCGAUUUUACAUAAGUUGCGAAUAAAAAAUUAAGUAAGUACUUGCGGGAAACUACCGGCUGGCCGCAUGAAAAAUAUAAACACAAAUACCUAUAUUAAAAUUCAGACGUACCAUAGGUAUAAAAAUGUACCUAGCGGCCAGGACAUACGGUUCCAAAUCACUAGGAAUAAUUCCGUGUCGCUUGCUCAUUUAUUUUGCGUCGAUCGGUCUGUCUCCCUCGCUCGGUUCCGUUCGUGUAUUAAGCAACAUUACACGACAAAGAAAGAAACAUGUUGGGUGAUGGUGUGAUGUUUGUUUCCUUCGCGUAAUGUGUGAUGUUGCAUUACAUCGUAGAGUAAUAUUACCCGAGUAAUAUCACUCGCAUUACUUACACAUGUCUAUUUUGAAUCCAAACAUGUUUACUUGACCGUUCGUACUUCGUUGCUCAUGCUUCAACUCAGUCAAACUCAGUCUGUACCUAAAUCCUAAAAAAAAUACAAUCUGCUUGUCCAACAUCAUUCAGAAUUUCAUUAAAAAAAAAAUUAUUUGCUCGUUCUUGAUCAGUGAAUUUCACAAGCUUGAAAGUUUCACUGUUGUGUAUUCAAGUUAUAUCGCUACUACAAAAUGCCUCCUAAAAUAGAUCAGGGCUUGAUAAUAAUUUUGGAUAAUGGAAGAAACGUUGCAAAUGCCGAUGAAAAAGACAAAAAAAGCUUUUAUGAGAUGGCGCGUGAAUGUGCCGCUCGCAUUAUUGAAACCAAAAUUCUCAGUCAAGCUAAGAACAGUUAUGUGGGUGUAAUUCUGCUCGGAUCGAAGAACACGAAGAACAGCGUAGCUGAACAAGCUCCUGGAGAGUUCAAACAUAUAGAAUUGUUAUCCGCCCUGCAAACACCUACUUGGCAAAUGAUUAGGGAACUACCGGAGUCGCCCAGCAAGUCUAAAGGCGAUUGGAUGGAUGCUCUAAUUGUAGCAGCUGAUCAUUUCAAAAAUGGUGUCUACGGCGUAAAGAUAAUUAAAACAAAAAUAAUUCUUCUAACCAACUUUUGCACUUUAACGAAAUAUGACCAUGAUGAAAUACAACAGGUCCUGAAUGGUUUCAAGGCUGACAACCUAGAAGUCAAUGUCAUAGGACCUAACCUUUAUGAUGAAGGACACAUCAAAAACAAUGACUUUGAACUUGCAAGGCUGUUUGUUGAAGAAACCAAAGGUGUUGCUGAGCCUUUUGGAUCGGCAAUGAGUUUUUUACUAUUUCAUCAAAGAAAAUCAGUGAAUUCUGUUGCUUGGAAUUCUGACCUCAGUAUAGGUCCGGACUUGAAAAUACCCAUUUCAUCCUACAUCAAAAUUGAUGAUAAGCCUGUCGUUGGCAAGUGGACAAAGAAGGUUAAAGAUCCUGUGACAUCAAAACCAAGUAAAGAGGAAGCAAUAAAAAAAGAACGAAUAUUUUAUAAUGCAGAGAACCACAGUAAAGUAAAAUCAGAUUCAAGAACGAAAGGAUAUCAAUAUGGGCAACAGAUAAUACCAUUUACUCAAAAUGAAGAAACUGAACUCUAUGCUUCUGGUGAAAAAGGUUUGACAGUUUAUGGUUUCACACAUAAAGAGAAUAUACAGUGGCAGUGCUUGACUGAUGUGGGAUUAAGUUACAUUUUUGGGAGAAAAGGUGAUGUUAACGCUCAACAAACUGUCAAAUGUUUGGUUGAAUGUCUACUUGAACUCAACUUAGUUGGUGUAGCAAGGAGAGUUUGUAUCAGUAACUAUGCACCAAAAAUGUACGCUCUAAUACCAAAUGUAGACAAUGAAAACGGAAUAUGUUUGUCUAUGAUACAAUUGUGUUACAAAGAAAAUAUUAAACACAUGGUUUUUCCUCCAACAAAUUUAAAAAAAUAUUCCUGCACAGAUGCACAAGUUAAUGCUUUCAAAGAACUGAUUGAAGCCAUGGAUUUGACUAAAGCUUAUGAUGAUACAUAUGAUGACACUGAAGCAUUUCCUAUUGGUGAAACAGUGAGUCCUACCGCACAAUAUAUAUUAGACUGUAUUGCAUUUCGAAGUCUGAAUCCAGCAGCACCACUACCACCACCAAGAGAUGAGAUAAUGACAUUAUUCAAAGUACCUCCACUAGUUGAAAUGAGAUCUCGAGGAGCACUGGAAAAGAUUGAAAAGCUAUUUCCACUGAAUAAAAUUGAACCAAGACCGAAAAAGAACAAGCAGCAACAAGAAAGUCCCCAAACCUUAACAGUAUUACCAGUUACCAAAAAAGCAGAAAAUGAACCAUUUGAGAUACCUAAGAUUUCAUUAUUCAUGGAUAAAAAUUCAACAGAAACUACUAGUAUAGGUACUAUGAAUCCCAUUGAUGAUUAUAAAGCUCUUACAAACAAAGGCAAAAGUUUGUCUGAUUUGGCUACAGAAAUGACAGAAAGUAUACAAAGUUUACUGUAUUACAAUUUGCACGAUGAUUCCAAAAAAGCUGUAAAUGCCAUGAAGUUCUUUAGGAAUGAAUGCAUUAAGUCAGAUCCAUCAAUUUACAAUAAUUGGCUUCAAAAACUUAAAAUAUCUCUGAAUCACGAAAAAAAUACAAAGGUAUUGGAAGUCAUAAAUGAAAAUGAGUUGAAUGUAAUAUUAAAGUCUGAAAGCAGUUUGAGUACAUAUGAGAAUGAAGACAGUCAGCUAUAUGAGAAUGACACGAUUCCUAACACUUUGCCCGUUGUAAUAGAUCCUGAAGUGGAUGCUUUAUUUGAUGAAAUGUAAACAAAUAUGAAUCAAGUUAGCAGUUAGCAAAUAUUAAAUGAAAAUAAAAAAAUAAUUUAAUGUGAUAUUUUAGCUUUAGACAAUUCAAAAUUAUGCCCCCUGAAGUCUAGUAUUAACUAAUGUAAUUUCAAACUAAACUUGAAAGUGUGCAAUGGUAUUUUUCCAUCCAACUUAAGAUAUUAGUUUUUGAAGACAGAAAAUGUAAUGAGCAACAUGGGAAGUUUGAUACAAACAAACAUAAAAUGUCAUCUUAUCUAUUUAUUAAUAUUAUGUUAUGUAAUGGUUCACAAUGUAUACCCAAUUUAUUGUUAAAACCUUUUCUAUAAAACAAUAAAUGUUUAUUUUUACUAAA